AUGUGUGAUGGCUCGGGUGGAGUUCGUUCACAAAUCAUUCGUCCAGAUUUCUCGUGUUCUGGAUAUCCGGACGGAAUGUACGCCCAAGGAUGUUCAUCUGACUUCACGGCGUGUGUAGCUGGUAAUCCAAUCGCAAUGAAAUGCCCUGCGAAUUUGAAGUAUGAUCAGGAUGAGAAGAAGUGUCUUUAUGAGUAUCAAGUGAGCGCUUGUCAAGCAACACCACCUACGACGGAAGAACCGUCAUCAACUGAUACAAUGGCCGAUUUUGUGACACCCAUUACUCCGUCAACUCUGCCCAUCGGAGCCUCUCCAUGCUCAGCGCUCUCUGAGGGUAUUUACGGUCAAGGA